GAUCGUUCACAAUUUGAUUAAGUUCGACACAUGUACUGUUUUAUGGUAUAAAAAGCGAUAGAUUUUAAGAGAAAUUGUCAGUCAACUACUUUAUAUCUCACCUCUUCUAUUCAAUUACAUUGAAAUUGAAAAGUUACGAUUAACAAAAUGACUUUAAGACUAAUCAAUUUAAGUGUUUUACUCUUAUUACUAUUCAACUAUUCCUACGCCUCAUAUUCAGAAGGUGCAGCGGCUAGUAGCAGUGCUACAGCGGCUUCUGGAGCUACUGCUAAUAGUUCGGGUAGUGGUGAUAAUACUGGUUCUUCUGGUUCAGCAGCGGCAGCGGCAGCAGCAUCGUCAUCAAACGUCAAUAAUGAUUCUCAACCAAGAAACGACCAAAGUACCUCCAAUGGUGGCUCUUCUGGAACGACAGAAACAACAGGAGCAAGUGCUAAUUCGAUGUCAGGAUCUUCAUCAGCAACUACGAAUAAAGAUUCUCAAUCAAGUAACGACCAAAGUUCUUCCGAUGAUUAUUCUGCAAAAAAAGGAACGGGUUCUUCACAGACCUCAUCAACAGCUUCCACAACAAAUUCUAAAAAGGGUUCAAUGGGCAAAACUAAACCAGACAUCUCUUCACAAGAUAUGGAUGGUUCGUCUCUGAAUGUUGAUAUGGAAAUGUUGCCUGAUACCGAUGCUUUGUCUUUUUCAAUGGGAGAUUUCAUGUCUCUUGGCUUUGGACCAGGACCUUUGGAUACAGAUGAUGAUUCAGCCUCUAAUCUCGACGAUGAUAAUGAUUCAAGUAAUAAAAAUGGUAAAAAUUCGAAAGCAAUGGCAGAAUCAACGGCGUAUUCAGAUACUGCAACAAAGAAUGACCAAAAUAACUCAGCUAAGGGCACUCAAUCUAGUUCUGAAUCUAGUUCUGGUUCUAAAUCUACCACAGGUAGAAAGACCAAUGCUAAAACAGGAGAUAAUGAAGAACAAGACCAAGAUGAUGAAAAUGAUAUAGCAAGCGCUUCAAGUGGAUCAGGACUCUUCCGUAUGAGUGGACUUGGUUCAACCAUGGAUAAUAUGAUGAAAACAGUUAAAACUGGCAAAUUAAUAUCAAUGAUGAACUCGAAAUCUAGUGAAGAAGAUGAUUCUGAUUCUGAUUCAAAAAGUGUAUCGAAUGCAGAUAGUUCAAGUAGCACAAGUUCUGGCUCACGUUCACGAGGAGAAAAAGGUCCAUUUACUAGUUCAAACGCUUCAUCGAAUGAUGACCAAUCUACCGUAGCUACAGAAACUGAUUCUAGUUCUAACUCAGUUUCAAAUAAAAAAGGUAAAGGUUCGAGCUCAGGAUCAAAAAGUAAGGCCACCACUCAAACAGGGGACGAUGGUGGACAAAACAACGAUGAUGAAACCGACACUUCAACCGCUUCAAGGGGAUCAGAACUCUUCUCUAUGGGUGGACUUGGUUCAACCAUGGAUAAUAUGAUGAAAACAGUUAAAACUGGUAAAUUAAUAUCAAUGAUGGACUCGAAAUCUAGUGAAGAAGAUGAUGCUGAUUCAGGCAAUACACAAGAUACAGAUGGCUCAAGUUCAAGUUCAAGUUCAGGAUCAACCAGUGGCUCGGGUUCUAACGGUAAAAAAGGUUCAACAGCUCAAUCUUCUGCUAGUUCUGCUGCUUCAUCUACCGGUGAUAAAUCGAAAUCAGGUAAAGCUCCUAAAUCAUCCACUGGAUCGGGUUCCGGUUCUAGUUCAGGAUCAAGUUCAACUUCAACUUCAGAAUCAACCAGUGGUUCAGAUUCUAACGGUCAAGAAAAUACAAGUUCGGCCGCUCAAUCUGCCGCUAGUUCUUCUGCUUCAUCAUCCGACAGUGAUACCUCGAAAUCAGGUAAAGCUGCUAAAUCCAACACUGGAUCUAAUUCGAGUGCUAGUUCAAGUUCGAGCUCAGGGACUUAUAGUAAGACCACUGCGCAAGAUUAUGAUGGACAAGACAAUGAUGAUGAUACCGAUAUGACAAACGCUUUUGGUAUAUUAGGAAGCAUUCCUAAGAUUGGACUUGGUUCAAUCAUGGAUGAUAAGAUGAAAACAGUCAAAACUAAUACUAAUAGUCUAAAACCAGGCAAUAGACCAAACACCAAUAACAGUUCUAGCUCGAGCUCAGCAAAUAGCUCAAGUUCCUCUGGUAAAAAACUCCGGAUCAAGUGCAAGCUCGUCAAGCGAAGCAACUGCGAAUUGAAGGCUUCGACAACAACUGGUGAAUCUAAAUCAACUCCAAACUCUAGCCCAAUUAAUAAAUCUAAUACUAAUAAUGCUAAUUCAAGCUCAGGAUCAACCAGUGGCUCAGGUUCUAAUGGUAAAAAAGGUUCAACAGCUCAAUCUGCCGCUAGUUCUUCUGCCUCAUCAUCCGACAGUGAUACCUCGAAAUCAGGUAAAGCUGCUAAAACCAACUCUGGAUCUGAUUCGAGUGCUAGUUCAGGAUCGAGCUCAGGUUCAGACGGUGCUUCUAAUUCUGGCUCUGGUGGAAACUCAAAAGGAGCUUCAAGUGGUGUAGCUAAAUCAUCUUCAUCUUCAUCUUCAUCUUCAAAGUCCACCACAAACAAUAACGGAAUAGGACAUGCCCCAGGUUCAGGAUCAUCUCCAUCAGGAUUACCAAAAAAUGGUAAAGGUAAACCAAUUGGAUCCAAUCCUAAUCCAUCUUCGAGCUCUUCUUCUGCAACUUCUAUGGCAAAAGCCAAUUCAGGUCCUAAGAAAGGCUCAAAUCCAAAAGGUUCAUCAGAUUCUGAUAUCAUAAGUUUCGAAACCCCAGUCAUGGGUAUUAAGAUGUCAGCCCCCGCCUUUGCUGGCUAAAUGAAACUUUUAUUGUUCAUGUUUUAAGAAAAUCGUUAAUAGAUAAUAAAUAAAUAUAUCCCCACAGGUUAUAAUAUUAGGGUGUUCGAAAAGUCGUUAU